GUAACUAAAACAACAUGAAGUUCCUGAUCGUUCUUGCUUUGGCCGUGGCCGUUACGGCUUUCCCCGAAAGCGAGCUGGUGCACCGCAGCCGUGUGAUGCCUGUCGUGUCCGAUGACAUUGAGGGUCGCAUCACCAAUGGCAACAAGGCCUCCGUUGGCCAGUUCCCCUACCAGGUGGGUCUAUCCCUCAAGGUUAGCGCUCUGUCCUCUGCCUGGUGCGGCGGCUCCCUGAUCAGCAGCACCUGGGUGCUCACCGCUGCUCACUGUACCGAUGGUAUUCAGUCUGUGACCGUCUAUUUGGGCGCCACCGUGCGUACCUCACCCGAGGUUAGCCACACCGUUGCCAGCUCCAACAUCAUCAUCCACUCCGGCUGGAACAGCAACACCCUGAAGAACGACAUCUCUCUGAUCAAGAUCCCAGCUGUCGCCUUCUCCAGCAAGAUCCAGGUUGCCAAGCUGCCCGCCAUCGCUAGCUCCUACUCGACCUAUGCCGGUUCGACCGUCGUCGCCUCCGGCUGGGGCCGCACCAGUGACUCCGCCAGCUCCGUUGCUUCCGAUCUGAUGUAUGUCGAUCUGACCGUCAUCACCAACAGCGUCUGCGCUGCGACCUACGGCUCAAGCACUGUCACCGCCAGCAACAUUUGCGUGUCUACCCCCAACGGCAAGUCUACCUGCAACGGUGACUCCGGCGGCCCAUUGGUGCUGAAGGACAACAGUCUCCAGGUUGGUCUGACCUCCUUCGGUGCUGCCGCUGGCUGCGAGAAGGGCUACCCAGCUGCCUUCACCCGUGUGACCAGCUACUUGGACUGGAUCAAGUCCAACACUGGCGUCUCCUACUAAACAUCAGGAACUUCAACUUCAAACCAAUAAAAGCUUUAACCAAA